CUYGCACGAGGCUUGGAAUCCAAAAUGGUGUUGUUCGUGCUAUAUGAACAUGCCUCUGGGUAUGCGAUCUUCAAAGUUAUUGCUCAAGAAGAAGUGGGCGCCCUUCUUCCMGAGGUUCAAGAUUCCGUUCUCGAUCUAUCACGGUUUGGAAAACUUGUUAAACUUGUGGCCUUUUCACCGUUUAAAUCAGGCACAAAUGCUUUGGAUAACAUCAACUGURUAUCUGAAGGUGUUGUACAUGAUGAUCUAAAGGCAUUCCUAGAAGCAAAUGUUCCCACAGGCAAAAAGAAGUCCAAAGUUUCACUUGGUAUCAUGGAUACCAAACUCAGUGCUUCUAUCCAAGAAGCUGUCAAUAUUUCCUGUGACUCUGGAAGUCUUGUUUCUGAAGUCCUCCGUGGCAUACGCUUGCAUUUUGAAAAGAUGAUCAAGGGWCUUACAGGGCAGAUGGCAGCAAAGGCACAGCUUGGCUUGGGUCAUAGCUAUUCCAGGGCUAAAGUCAAGUUCAAUAUUCACAGGGUCGAUAAYAUGAUUAUCCAAUCUAUUGCUCUUUUAGAUCAACUGGAUAAAGAUAUCAACACAUUCUCCAUGAGAAUUAGGGAAUGGUACUCAUACCAUUUUCCAGAAUUGGUUAAAAUUGUUGGUGACAAUUACAUGUAUGCAAAGGUGGCCAAGUUUAUCAAAUCUAGAAAAGAUUUAACAGAGGACAAGCUUGAGGCUCUUGAGGAGAUAGUGAUGGAUGAAGGAAAAGCAAARGCCAUCUACGAAGCAUCUAAGUCUUCAAUGGGKAUGGACAUUUCUCCUUUGGACUUAAUCAAUAUUGAAGCAUUUGCUGGGAAGGUAAUUGGCUUGGCAGACUACAGGAAGGGACUCCAUCAGUACCUAAUMUCCAAGAUGAACAGYGUUGCACCYAACCUYUCUACACUGAUUGGGGARYUGGUUGGUGCUAGACUUAUCUCUCAUGCUGGAAGUCUUACUAACCUUGCUAAAUACCCAGCUUCAACUGUCCAGAUACUUGGGGCAGAGAAAGCUUUGUUCAGAGCUCUCAAGAAAAAAGGGAACACACCAAAGUAUGGUCUUAUCUUUCAUUCGUCAUUCAUWGGCCGAGCUAACAAGAAGAACAAGGGUCGUAUCUCUAGAUACUUGGCAAACAAGUGUUCUAUUGCUUCACGAAUUGACUGCUUUUCAGAAACUCCGACAUCAGUAUUCGGCGCAAAACUCCACGAUCAAGUUGAGGAUCGUCUAAAGUUUUACGAAACCGGCGAAGCUCCGUUAAAGAAUAUCGAUGUCAUGAAAGAGGCCAUUGAAGAAUUCAACAAAGAACAGGAAAGCGAAUCGUCUUCAGARAAGAAGAAGAAGAAAAAGAAGAAAGACAAAAAGAAAGAGAAGAUUUCGACUGACGAAAAUGGCAAUGCAGUUGAAAAUGGCCACGACGAAUCACUAGUAGAAACGCCGAAAAAGAAGAAAAAGAAGAGCCAUUCUGAAGAAGAUGAAGGGGAAAACAAAGAACAAGAAGAAAAGGAUGUGCAAGUAUCUGACGAAACACCAAAGAAGAGGAAAAAAAGAAAGUCUGAAGUGGUAGAGGAGGAGGUAGAAGAACCAUCGGCGAAGAAGAAGAAGAAGAAGAAAAAGAAGGUCGAGACCGAAAGUGAUGCCGAAGAAGAACCAAAGAAAAAGAAGAAAAAGAAGUCAAAAACUGACGACUGAGGUUAAUGUUGAAAAUUUGACAUUUAUUUUAUCUUCAUUUCUUUCUGUUAAGAGUUCUUGAUAUCUAAGAGCGAACAUGGAGAUGACAAAUUUAACGACUCGAGUCUAGUUUACUCUUCAUACAAAUUGUGAAAAUUGAAAGAAAUAGAAAACCACUCCUGCUCCUUUGUAAAAGUGCAUUAUAAUAUUCACAAUCUGUGUAAAUGAUUUGUGACCAUCAAUAAAACCUUAACACGUUCGA